AAUUUCCUUAUCAAGAAACACCUCAAAAUAGAAGGCUACAACCGAAAAAAUUACGAAACGAUCCGUGAAGAUGAUUUUCCCUAUCUUCUUCACAUUCUCUCUCCUCCUCUCCUCCUCCCUUGCUUCUGUGAAAGACUUCUGCAUCGCAAACUACAAAGCCCGGGAGGGCCCUGCAGGCUACUCUUGCAAAAAGCCUGCUAAAGUUACGGUAGAUGAUUUCGUGUACUCUGGCCUAGGCAUUCCCGGCAACACCACGAAUAUCUUCAAAUCCGCAGUCACCCCUGCUUUUGCUGCUCAAUUUCCUGGUGUGAAUGGCCUCGGCAUUUCAUUCGCGCGCCUAGACCUAGCUGUGGGUGGAGUCAUGCCACUUCACACGCACCCCAGGGGUUCGGAAAUCCUACUUGUUGCUCAAGGAACAAUAAUUGCCGGGUUUGUUUCCUCAGCUAAUAACACGGUUUAUAGGAAAACUCUUAAAAAGGGUGACAUUAUGGCGAUCCCUCAAGGUCUACUGCACUUCCAAGUGAAUGGAGAUAAAACUCCAGCCCUUGCAUUUGUUAGCUUCAGUAGUCCAAGCCCUGGUCUGCAGAUUCUGGACUAUGCGCUGUUCCAAAACGACUUACCUACUGAAUUGAUAGCGCAGACUACUGUCCUCGACGCUGCGCAGAUAAAGAAGCUUAAGGGUGUUCUCGGUGGUACCAAUUAGAUUGCCUCUUUCUUUUCAUCCCCCGUCUUCUGGGGUUAUUCCAUGUCCCUUUGUUUUCUUGUUGUGAUUGAGAGUAAAAGAGUUCUGUUUAGUGUUUGGAAGCAUUAUACUGCUUCAGUCUGACCAAUGUAGCAACAAUUAUGUUGAAGGCAAUAUAUGCAUCUUUGAAACAAAAUUCUUUCUUUU